CAUCAGCACCAGCAACAGAGCAGCACUACGUGAUCGACAGUGACUCGAAACGGUUCCGUGUGUGAGGCGUAGUUUGUUGAAAAGGAAGAAAAGUGCAGUGCAACAGCAGCCAGCAGUCAUCAGCUCGCGAAAAUUUCUGAUUCGAUUCCAUCUUGGCAGUCCCCUGAUUGUACAAUUUUGAUUGCUCGCGACCGGAGUGGCGAAAAUGUGAAAUUCCGGGUUUGUGGAAAACGGUGCAGACGGAGAAGCGGUACGGGAGAAGCUUGAAGCUUGGUGGAAGAUUCGUCAUCACGGGCGGACCUCGGUCGGGUCGGACGGAACCAAGAAAAUAGAGUGAUUUGUUUUUGUUCUCAGCACUGUGAACGGGGGAAACACAAUGGCGACUGUCGUUUUCGUCGCAUUUGGAUUGUGAUUUUUGCUCGAACAGCGGAAGAGCAAAUUGUGUUGGAAGAAAAUUUUGGGAUUGCAAAUGCGGAAUGAUUUUACCGCGGAAGUCGGAGGAAUAACCUUGAAGGGAAUUGUGAUUGGGCCAGAAAAUUUAGUGAAGAUUUUUUUUUUGUUAGCAAAGGCUAAUCAAAUUGUUUUUCUACGUAGCAGAAAAGUGGUGCCUUUAUUCGAAAAUAAAGCCGAUUCUGUUCCACGCUGAAGAGAAAUUCCGGAUUGGAGGAUUACAAGCCCCGUAGGAAAAAAAGCAGCAAGCCGCAGCUAGAACAGUACCCGAGACUGCAUCUCACAAGUAACAGUCUGUGCACUAUCAUGCUAGAACGCAUCAGCGUGCCUCAGCUGCAGCACCUUCUACGCUUCUACCAUCCAUUCAUCAUUCCACCGAACAACAACGGUGGGUGUACGUCACCACAUCAUCCCAGCCGUUGUUAAUCGUGCAAUCGAGCUUACAGUCGCCGCCAGCCCGCUCGUAUCAGCUGUUUGUGCGUGUCGAAGAGCAUACUAGUGUGUGUCGGAAAAGAGCGAAAGUGUUAUUACAUUCGAACGAUCUGUUCAUUAGUUGAGGUGAAGAUACGAAAGUUUAUCGAAAGCAAGAAACAAGUGAAAUAUGAAUCGAUGCAGCUCAGAAGAAACCUAGCAAAAGUGCUACGCCCUGUGUAAGAAGACUCUUGGGAGUGCAACGUGCGACCGCCGAAACGAAACGACGAUGGCCCUGUCGAUAGUGAGCGCCUUCUUGGUCAGAAGCCUGCUGACCAACUACCAUCUAGUCCUACUGUUCUCAGUCUUCCUGCUGACGAAAAGUGCCAAGGGGGAUAUUCUCGUCUAUCAGCAAGAUCAGCUCCUGGAGGAGUUCCGAGACUUCCCGGCCACCUUCGGUGGCGACAUUCCCGAGAGUGGCAUCAAGGUGCGUGCCGUCCGGGCCUCUCCCUACGAUGGCUGCUCGGAACUGGUGGGCCCACCGGAGAAUGUCACCUCGAUGGGGACGGUCGGUGUGCCGACGCGAUUCGCUGUCAUCAUAGCGAGGUACAAUUGCUCGUUCGAGGUAAAGGUUCGAAAUGCACAGAACGCCGGGUACGUGGCCGUGAUUGUGCACAACGUUGGAAGCAAUGAUUUAGAACGCAUGUCGGCCAACCACGCCGAGGACAUCAUCAUCCCGUCGGUGUUCAUCGGCGAAAGCAACGGCAUCUACAUGAUCGAGAGUUUCCUGUACCCGCUGCCGUACUUUCUGAUCAUCACCGACGACAUCCCGUUCAACAUCAACAACAACCUGAUCAUCCCGUUCGCCAUCGUCGUCGGCCUUUGCUUCAUCAUAAUGGUCUGCUUCAUGAUCAUACGUUGCAUACGGGAACGUCGCCGUAUGAUGCGUCACCGUUUGCCGAACAGUGUGCUGCGGAAGAUUCCAAUUGUGAAGUUCGCCAAGGGAAUGCAGUACGAUACGUGCGCCAUCUGCCUGGACGACUACGUGGACAACGAACGGCUCCGGGUGCUGCCCUGCCAUCACGCAUAUCACGUCAAAUGUAUCGACCCGUGGCUAACGAAAAAUCGCCGCGUAUGUCCGAUCUGCAAGCGGAAGGUUUUCGCCCGAGGGGAACGUCGGCCGCCACGGCGGCGCUCGUCCACUGAUAGUAUGUCGUCGUCCGAUGCCGACGAGCACACUCCUCUGCUGAAUCCGGUCGAUAAUCAACCGACGGCGGCGGCGACAAGUUCGACUUCGGCGGCGUCCGCAAGCGGUCCAGCGAACUACCAAUCGCAGGACGGAGCGGAUGGUGGUGGUGCUGCUACAUCCGCUCAGGGGGCCAACAGCGAUGCCCACGUGGUCAAUGUGACCUCCGAUGACGAGUUUCUCGACGCACUAGUGCACCGUCGGGCAAUGCAGGUUGCCAUGUUAAUGGCCAUGCAGAACAGAGAAGCCGCACCGCAGCAGCAGCAGCGACGGUUCAAUCCGUUUGACCGGGAGACGCAGCAACAGCAGCAGUCGGCUUCUAUUGAGGACGGUGGCGAAUCGCCGUACAGUCCCAUUGGGGAGGAACCGUCGUCCACGUCCGCUUGGUCGCGAUUUAUAAGCAAAAUGCGCUCCUACGUUCGCAACGAGCCACGUCCGGAGGAGAUUCUCUCGGAUGACGACGACGACGAUGUGGAGCCGGCCACCGGCGACACGCUCCCGAUCGCCACCGCCAGCCGCAGCUCCGCCGGCACCGCCAGCAACAACAUCCUGAACAGCAAUCUCAGUGGUUCGUUCCACGGGGAGGACACAACCGACGACGAGAUGAUUGGCGCUAGCUUCCGCGACGAAGCUAAGCGACGUCAGAUCCGAUCCGCGCCCAAUCUUCCUUCGACCAGUGGAAUGGCUGGCGGCGGUGGCAGUGGCGGUGGAGGCCGCCUCGGUGUAGCAGCUCUACCAAAUGUUAACUUUAAUCCCGGCCAGCCCAGUCGAAGUACCGGCGAUCCGGGACGGCGUGGGAACCGUUCCGGAGGCGGCGCCAGCAGCACCGGUGGCCACUAUCCCGUGUAAAUAGCUCUAGGGUAAAUGGAUAGAAGAACGGAGCAGGUGAGUCCAUUGUUCAUCAUAUAUAUAUUUUAAGCCAGAAAAGAUGAAUUCGGGAAUAAACUAUUCGGAGAAGUGAUACGAGCAUGUGGAGAAUUAUGAUUCACCCGGUUAGGUUUAGCAGCUCAAGGCACCCAUUGCAACGGAUGUGCAAAACUUCCAUUUAAUAUGUAUGUAAAAACGUUCGGUUCGGUGCAGCGUGGGCCGCGUCACUACUAUACGUUUACACCAUUAAGUACCUAAAACGUUUUGUUCGUAAUCAUUUCUGUGUCAUUUUAUUGGAAAUCAAACUCUAUUCGAUACUCGUUUGUAAGGAAAUUUGUGGGGAAUCUUUAGGAGCAAAAAUAAAGAUUCUUGAAUCUGAAAUUGUGUAAACAGAAAGCCUCAAUGUGAUCGGAUUUUUUUAAAAGUCGUUUAUUUUUUAGUAUGUUUUACCCAUUACGAAUAUAUAUAUAUAUUAGGCAGUAAACUGAAGUAAUAUUAACCGAAUGAAAAAGUAAUUCCAUUGUGUUACACCUUAAUUGUGGUAAGGUUAGAAUGCGGGAGGCAAGACAAUGGGGGACUCGUAAAUGGCAUAGAGUCGUUUAGCAUACGGCAAAACAUUUGUGAAAGCCGAAACGAAUGAUCUUUAAAAGAUUACAACAUUAAAAUUUCCUUCAAAAACUGCUCUACAUAAAUUGUUGAAGUUCCUGUAAGACUUCUUCCCGGAGUUUUUGAAAGAAACUAAUGAUGAACAAAGAGAUUCCUUCACCUAUUUUCUUUUCAGGAGCAAUUCUAGACGUUCUUCAUGAGCUAUUUUAAGGAUUUCUCCAGGAAUUCAGUUACAAAUUCUCUCAUAGUAUUCUUCAAAACAAAACUCCAAGAAUUUUUCAGAAUAUUUAUAAAGAUUUCACCAAUCUUGUAACCUUACGCAAUUGAUCCAUUCCAAAAAAACUUCAUUAGAAUACGUCAAGGGAUUUUUAAGUUUUUGAGAAAAAUAGGUUUCCAGGAGAUUUUUCUCAAUGUUUUCCCAUGCAUUUUCCUUAAACCUUUCAAAAAUUCCUUAAUUCUUAGGAAAAAAAAUUAAAAAUAAAGAACUUAUGCAAGACUACCAACUUGACCAACUGAUACAUUACCUAUACUACCGUUGAAUAGAUAGUACAUUUCUAACAUAAUUCUUGAUUAAUCAGCUUAGAUUCAAACCCCUUCAACAUUUUGUUGAAAUUAUUGCAAUAUAUCUUCAUCCACAGCAACUUUGCAGAUUUCUGUUCGAUUCUGUUUUGUUUGAAAAUUUUCAUCAAACAUUUUUGCUGUACAAGAGUGGAACAAACUUCUCUCAAGCAAACUUUAGCUUAAGAAACUAUUAUUCAGCUAGUUGUAUUUCUUGGGUUGUUGGAUUUGGGAGAGAUUUUUGCUGAACUUGCUGCAGAUUCUUGAAGUGGUGUAACCACUUAUGCUUUUUAUGCCAAACGACGUUAUGCCACUUGAGAUACUCACACAGAAUUGUCACAGCUCAUUCAAUAUUUAACCAUCCUUAUUCCGAUAACGAAUAUCUGCGUUGUGAAAAAAAAAUAGGUUUUCUAUUGAUCAGACAGUUGAAUUAGGAUUGUUUUAUAACGACACUGUCAGAUAUAGCGAGUAUAACCCUCACAAAAAUUAGUACAUUAUCGAUCACAUACACUCUCACCCGUACACUAUAAUUAUCACUUAUCCAGGGAAACAUAUUCUGAGCGUGAGAUGUAACCAUGUUGUUCGUGUUUUGUUCGAUUAACCUAAAACCAAUCCAUAUCUUUAUUCGUUUCUUUUUGUUUUGUUUUUGAGAUCCUACCCAUUAUCAUAGGAAUAUCAAAUAUUGUUUCCUGCUUCGGCAUCGGAACGAAACACUUACCGCGCAUUAAUGGAUACGUAGAGACGCUGUACCAUAUUAGUCAACUAUUGUUAUAGUAUAAUAUGUAAGAGAAAAAAAAACAUACAUGUCGUAUAAAGGGACGGGAUCGGAACUGUGGAUUUACACUCUAUUUUAAUCACGGCGACAGCGCGUAUAGUCUUGCAAGCUUAUACCAGAGAGAAUAACAUGGAAACAACUCUACUGCCAGUCGAGUCUGCUGCUAGAGAAUGGUGUUGUUUACCGUAUCGUGUGUACCUCUAAAAACAUAUAGUGAAAUGCAUUAUUAUCAGCUAUAAGUGACACUAAAAAAAAAUAGAAAAAUCAGGUAUCUCCUGAAAAUUUAAAAACCGAAGGAAAGGAGAAACACAGACACACGCAAGUGCAGAAAGAGACGAAAGUUUGUUACUACCGUACGUACGUAUGUAGUGAGUUUUAGUUACUCUGGGUCUUAGUGUAGAGAGUAUAUCUCGCAGAAUAACUCGCAAAAAGAAAACAUCCACAUACCUACCUACACACACAAGAAACAAGGGAAUGCAGAUGGAAUAAACUGAAUUUGACUGAGAAGAGAA